GGGUUAUUGAAGUCAGUGGGUCCUGUAUGAAGGGGAAGUUCACACGGACAUUAAUAAGAGUGUAUUAAACCAGUGAUUGAGAAAAAAUUAGUCUGCAGCAGAGGAAAUUUUUGUUGUGCCCUUGUUUUGCCGGUGAAUGAGAACGGAGUUGAAUGCAAAUGGAAGAAAUAUUUGAGCUUGGCGAUGACUUGAAACUGGGAAACACCCACACGCUACAAGAGGCAGUGGUGAAUGAAGAGAAAGCAAGCGGUGGCGCAUCGGAAGCCUGAGCCGGCGACAAAGGUGCUGCGGCGGGAGCAAGCGGAUGUCAAAUUCAAAAUGGUGACUUUAUUUCAUAUUUGAUUUUGUUUUAAAAUAUUAUUCAUAAAGAAGCUUUGUAAGCCCAUAAGACUCGAAUCCAGGCCUCUUAUUGAUGGGCCACCCAUACAGCCGAACGGCCCAUUAGUUACUCUGUCGUAACUACCACCUGAAACAUGCUCGUGACAUCUCGCCACCGUAGUCGCCGGCACCGCAAGACCCACCUCUCGGACGAUCUCUAAAAAUCUACACUAAUCUCCACCUUCAAAGGCUAACACAAGCCCCAAAUCCAUGUCAAGAACCGUUGGGUCGACCCCAACCCUUCUCUUCUUCGUCACUCUUCUGCUCGUAGUAGCACCAGCGCCAUCCCUAUCCCUGUCUACUUAUUCCCAGUAUCGAAACCUAAUAUCACUUGCCCACUCGCUCAUGACGGGUGUCGCCAACCUCCGCGCAGCACGAGGUGACGUCGCUGGCUCUGAGCGAGCCCGAGCCAUUGCGGAGAAGCUCGAUAGGGGGCUGGGCUUAGGGUUCUGGAGGGUCGUGUGGUCGACUGGAUGGGACUACGUGACGAGCUUGGCGUGGAGGGACUUACCGAUGAGGGAGCUAUACGGCGCCGUUUCGGACAUGAACGAGUUGCUGAGGGGGUUGAGUGAGUUGAGUUGGUUGGAAUCGGAUGGUGCGAGGGCAGCUUGGAUCGGUCGGAAUUACAAAAAUGUGGUGAGAAUUUCCAAGUCGCUUUCUGGAAAGCUUCUAACGGCAUUUGGCAAAUCGGGGGUGGUGGGGGAAGUGGUGGAGGCAGUGCAAAAAGAGGUGGUGGAGGGUGGAUUACUCAGAGACUGCCUUGAAGUGGGAAGCAAUGAUUUGAAAGGCUUGAUUCUGCUUCUCAAGGAUUUUGCUCUCAGAUUUUCUUCUUCACCCUCUCCUCAUGCCCAUACGCACUCUGAUCUUUAGCACAUCACUCUUUUCAGGCGGCUUUUCAGCAUUCCCUCCCUCCACUGCCAUUGGUUUUGUUCUGUUUUGAGCUCUGCUUCUUUGUUACUCUCAGUCACUGUCUUUGAGUCAAUUUCAUGUAAUAUUUUUGUUCUUGUAACAUAUAAAUCAUCAUUUAACGUUUGUUUGAUUGUUUUCACAAUAUGUUAAUCAGCGUAAUGGUAAAAGGGAUGGCU